UUGACAGCUUUGCGCCGCUCUCCUUUACUAGAGGAAACGACAGCACCCGUUGUGCGAGAGACGCAAAUCACAACUCGCCAACUGAUUUUUCUCGGAUUUAAUUUUGUACUUUUUAGAAAAAGUCUGGAAGAAACGCACUCAGCUUGGAGUCAACAACAACAACCCGCGGGGUAUGAGAGUGGAGCGGACGCUUCAAACUAAGUAGAAGAGGAGGUAGCCGUGUCCGUUUGAUGGCUGCUGGGGAUGGAGCCCAGCUGCCUGCCACGGUAGCGGCCAGCCGGAGCGUGGAGAAGGCGCUCGAGGAGGCUGCCGCGAGCGGGGCUCUCAACUUGGCCAACCGAAAGCUGAAGGAGUUCCCCCGCAGCGCCCGGAACUACGACCUGUCCGACAUUACGCACGCAGAUCUGUCCAAGAACCGCCUGUGUGAGCUGCCGGAGGAGCUUUGUCAGUUCAUCUCUCUGGAGACGCUGAGCCUUUACCACAAUGGGAUGCGUUCACUGUCCCCCAGGCUGGGCAACCUGCAGGCCCUCACCUACCUCAACCUCAGUCGUAAUCUUCUGUCCAGUUUACCCCCGUCAGUGUUCGAGCUUCCCCUCCUGCGAGUGCUCAUAGUCAGCAACAACAAGCUGUGUUCCCUGCCCGCGUCCAUACACUCCCUCACACACCUCCGACAGCUGGAUGUCAGCUGCAACGAGCUGCAGAGUUUGCCGGCAGAGCUCGGCCAGCUUGAGUGUCUGAGGGACUUGAACCUGCGGAGGAACCAGCUCAGCACUCUGCCUCAAGAAAUAUCGGAGCUCCCCCUUGUCCGGCUCGACGUGUCCUGCAACCGCGUGUCCCACGUGCCCUUGUGCUACCGCCACCUCCGGCACCUCCAGAGCAUCCUGCUCGACAACAACCCGCUGCAAAUGCCGCCUGCGCAGAUCUGCUCCAAGGGCAAAUACCACAUCUUCAAGUACCUGAACAUGGAGGCCUGCAAGAGGAACCAGGAGGAGCUGGAGAGACGCCUGCGGCCCACGGGCUUCAGCAGCUGUCUGUCAGACCAGGAGCUGUUUGCAGGUCAGUUCGGAGGGCUGGACUCUGGCUUCAACAGUGUGGACAGUGGCAGCAAGCGGUGGUCUGGGAACGAGUCAGCAGAUGACUUCUCGGAGCGUUCUCUUCGCCUGGCUGAGGGCAGCAGAGAGCAGAAGAACCUGGAGGAGGAAGAGGAGGAAGAGGAGGACGGAUCUCUUCUGAAUGCUAACAGAGUGAACGGCGAGGCGGCGCAUGUGGACCUGAUGGACAGCGGCGUGGCGGAGGAAGAGGAGGGCGAGAUGACGAUGGACCGGCCCACAGCUGCUCCCCCAGCGCCCCCUCUGGAGCAGAAGGAGAGUUGUUCCCCAGCCCAGACCCAGGACUCAGCAGCAUGCAGGUCCGGCCUCCAUGUGGAGGUGGGCCCCCCGUCAUCGUCCCCCUCCAGCCCCACCCUGGAGGAGCGGCGGCGGCCGGGCACGCUGUUCAUCUGGCAGGAGAGAGAGCGGCUGCAGCAGCAGCAGAGAGACAAGGCCAGUUUGCUGAAGUCCUCCGCCAAAGCAGGAAGUCACGUGGCCACCCCACCACAGACAGGAAGUAGCUCAGCUGGAACGUCUCCAGAGAACAGCAGCUCCCAGCAGGCCCUGCGGCAGCGAUGCGCCAGUGCUGAACAGAUGAGCACAGUGUUUCCUUCGCUUCUGGUGCAACGCUCCCACAGCAGAACAGAUGAUCCGUCCUCCCCGAAGACGUCCCCUCCCCCCGGUCAGGCCCAGAAACCCAACAGUUUCCUGUUCCGCACGUCGUCCCGCAGCAACGUCAAACCCACAGGCUCGGCCUUCACGCUCGGGGAGUCGGGCAGGAGCGAGUCUCGCACCGUGCUGCGCUCCGCUAAAGACGAGAGAGGGGACGUCACGCAGCUCCGCAAGACUCUGGAGUCUCGGCUGAAGGUCUCUCUACCGGAGGACCUGGCCGAGGCCUUGUCCAACGGCACGGUCCUCUGCCAGCUGGCCAAUCAGAUCCGACCACGCUCGGUGUCAAUCAUCCACGUCCCCUCCCCGGCAGUGCCAAAGCUGAGCCCCGCGAAGUGUCGCCUCAACGUGGAGAACUUCAUCGCUGCCUGUCGUAAGCUGGGCGUCCCCGAGACGGACGUGUGUGUCUGCUCUGAUGUGCUUCUGUGCAAGCCGCCCGCUGUGCUGCGCUGCGUGACGGCCCUGCUGGCCGCCGGGGGGGCGGAGACGGCCGAGGACCCGUCCCCCCGCCACUCCUCGUCCUCCUCGCUGCUGUCCACAGACUUCCUGCUCUUCUACUGCGCAGCCAUGGCCCUCCUCUACGCCCUCUACCGCUGCCUGCUCACCUAGAGGACACACACACACACACACACACACACACACGCACACACGCACACA